AUGUUUGUGCCGAUUCCUUGUCAGGAGAAGGUGAGCUCCUGGUUUGUUGUGUUCAGCCUCCUGCACAAGAUAGUCUUCGGCUUUGCAUGUGUUGCUGUCAUCAACGGCGUCUUCAUGCAAGAGACCUUCAAGGUCGCCCAACAAGACGACCAGAUCAUGUUGAGGACCGUGGAAACAAAACGUAUGGCCCACAGGAAGAAGAUGCAAAUGUUCUUUCAGCAUGCCAACGAUGAUGAUGACAAGGUCCUGUCGCCCGAGGAGUGGAGGGAGGUGCUUGCAGAGGAGAAGGUGAAGCAUUGGUUUGCCGCGCAGGGUCUGAGCAUCUCUGAUCCUGAUCUCUUGUGGGACAUUCUAGACACCUCGGGGGACAGGGAGCUCGACCUGGAGGAGCUGAUCCAAGGAACUGCUCGUUUGCAGGGACCUGCCCGAAGCCUCGACUUGGCCGUGCUCAAGAUGGAGCACUACCGCACUUUGGGCGCUGUGAAGGACAUCCGGAGUUCCGUGGACAUGCUCCGGCAGCAGGUGAACCUGCUGGUCAGGCGACGAUAG